CCGGCAGCGCCUAGGAGCUGUCGGCAGCAGAGCACCACUGCUUCUCUCAGAGGGAGACCAAGUGCUGGCAGCCAUGCUUCUGACAGCCUGGCUCCAGAAGUUGGUGACCUUCGAGGACGUGGCUGUGUACUUCACCCAGACGGAGUGGGACGGCCUGUCCCCUGCACAGAGGGCCCUGUACAGGGAUGUGAUGCUGGAGAAUUAUGGGAAUGUGGCCUCCCUGGGAUUUCCUCUUCUCAAGCCUGCUGUGAUUGCACAACUGGAGGGAGGAGUUGAGCUGGGGGGCCCAUCUCCACUGGCUUCUGGAACAGGCUCAGGCCCCGAGGACCUCUGGACUGAUAUUGAGAUCCAGACUGACAAUAAUUUGACAGAGGACAUGUAUGAAGAAAAACAUAAUACAUCAUUUGAACUUCAAAGGGACUUUUCCCAGGAAACAGACUUUUCAGAAGUCUUUAUUCUAGAGAAACACCAGGAAGUCCAUUCAGUAGGAAGUAUGAAGAAAGAAAACAGUGAUGUUGAUGGGACAGUUGAAGACAAUACAGGCCCCAUGGAGGAGUGUUUCUUUACUCAAAGUCCAAAUUUGGAUAAAUGUCAUACCAUCUCUACUGGGGAGCAACCUGAGUGUAAAGGAUUCAAGAAAGUCUUCAGCUUUGACACAAAACUUAUGCAGCAUGAAAUAAUUAAUUUCAGGGAAAGACCUUUCAAGUGUGAAAAAUUAAUGGAAACCUUUAGGAGUAACGCUCAGCUUAAUCAGAAUCAAUAUAGCUACACUAAGGAAAAGCCCUAUCAGUGUAAGGAGUGUGGCAAAGCCUUUAGUGUUAAUGCAAAAUUAAUUUGGCAUCAAAGACUUCACAGUGGGGAGAAGCCCUUCAAAUGUGUGGAGUGUGGGAAAAGCUUCAGUUAUAGUUCCCAUUAUAUCACACAUCAGACAAUCCACAGUGGGGAGAAGCCAUAUCAGUGUAAGGUGUGUGGUAAAGCCUUCAGUGUUAAUGGGAGUCUAAGUAGGCAUCAGAGAAUCCAUACAGGAGAGAAGCCCUAUCAGUGCAAGGAGUGUGGGAAUGGUUUUAGCUGCAGUUCUGCAUAUAUCACGCACCAGAGAGUCCAUACUGGAGAGAAACCUUAUGCAUGUAAUGACUGUGGGAAAGCUUUCAAUGUUAAUGCAAAAUUAAUUCAACAUCAGAGAAUCCACACUGGAGAGAAACCUUAUGAAUGUAAUGAGUGUGGGAAAGGCUUCAGGUGCAGCUCCCAGCUUAGGCAGCAUCAGAGCAUCCACACUGGAGUGAGGCCCUAUCAGUGUAAGGAGUGUGGAAAAGCCUUUAGUAAUAAUGCAAAACUCAUACAGCAUCAAAGAAUUCACACAGGGGAGAAACCCUAUGAGUGUACUGAAUGUGGAAAAGCCUUUAGUGUCAAAGGGAAGUUAAUCCAGCACCAGAGGAUCCACACAGGCGAGAAACCCUAUGACUGUAAAGAAUGUGGGAAAGCUUUUAGGUGUAAUGCCCAGCUUCGGCAACACUUGAGAAUCCACACUGGGGAGAAGCCAUAUGAAUGUAAUGAAUGUGGAAAGGCCUUCAACGUUAAUGCAAAACUAAUGCAGCAUCAGAGGAUUCACACUGGGGAGAAACCUUUUGAAUGUAAUGAGUGUGGGAAAUGCUUUACUUCUAAAAGAAACCUACUUGAUCAUCACCGAAUCCACACUGGAGAAAAGCCUUAUCAAUGUAAGGAAUGUGGGAAAGCCUUUAGCAUCAAUGCCAAACUAACUAGGCACCAGAGAAUACACACUGGGGAGAAACCUUUCAAAUGCAUGGAAUGUGAGAAAGCAUUUAGCUGUAGUUCUGACUAUAUUGUGCAUCAGAGAAUUCAUACUGGAGAGAAACCCUUUCAAUGUAAGGAGUGUGGAAAAGCCUUCCAUGUUAAUGCCCAUUUAAUUCGGCAUCAGAGAAGCCACACUGGAGAGAAACCGUUCAGAUGUGUGGAGUGUGGCAAAGGCUUCAGCUAUAGUUCUGACUGUAUUAUACAUCAGACUGUCCAUACGUGGAAGAAACAUUAUAUGUGUAAUGUGUGUGGGAAAGCCUUCAGAUUUGGCUUCCAACUUAGUCAGCAUCAGAGUGUCCAUAGUGAAGGAAAAUCCUAAUGAGAAGGAUGUAGAAAACUGAAGGUUAAUGCUGAAUUGGAUUAAGUAUCCUCGGAUUCUCUUAGGGUGAAAAACCCUGAAAAGGAAAUGAAUAUGGCAGAGUCUUCACAAGAAAACAAAUCCUUUCCAUUUGAUUCAAUAUAAAAUUAGGAAUAAUGACCAAUUU